AUGUCGUCUACCGCUCCCAAACAAGGUUCGGCUGUAGGAACCACUAAAGCCUCCAACGCAGCCGAGCCUCAGUACAUGUCGCUUAACCGUGUCGCCGAAUACACUCCCAACAACAUUGCUGCCGAUCUGUCGACUCGAAACCCACCUCCCAACCCAGGAAACCCCGAUCAGGACAUCGCAAGCUUGGAAGUCGACAUGGCCAGGUACCGGAAUACGGCCCAGAACGUCAACCCUUCGUCCCCCCUCACUGGGACUGGGUCGAAGUUCAAGUGA